CCCUCCGUUGCCGCGCGACCUAGGCCCGUUCGGCCCGUGCGGUCCGCUCGGAGCCGGCUGUGAGGACCCGGCGGCCGCUUCACGUCGGCCUGCAGUGCCCCGCGGGGCCCAAGCUCCUCCUCGCGGUCUCCGGAGCCUGGUGCCCGGCCUGGCCGCUUUGCAGGGGCGGGAGAGCGGCGAAGAAAUCCCCGAGCUGGACACUGAGAAUAUCAUCCCUGCUUCUCUGAGUCUUGAAUUGGAAGCUGUCAGGACUCUAUGGCCUAGAAGGGAAAUAAAAGAUAUUUCCUGCUGCAGAGCGCACUUUAAGCAACAAAGACUUUCCUUGGCUUCUGCCUGCAUUCCAUAAAAUACCAUUGCCUUUUCGCUCUGCCUGCAGUUAAGCACAAAGACCUGAAGGAGACUCCCACAGCCUUCAGGGAGAAGAAAGGAGGCAGCCAAGCCGAUUAAAAGGAACUUGUGGCUUGUGGCCUUUUUGUGCAGGGGCCGCCUGGAGGGGGAGAAAAGUGCGCUGAAGCCACGGCUGCGGUUAAUGAGCUGUGAGAUGAGGAGCAGCUGCGGCUGACACCGCUUCCAGUAUCCUUCGUCUGCCCUUUGUGCUUCGUGUACAUGUGUCUGUUCAGGCCGGCCGGAGGCGCCCAGAAGAGCAUCCACCACGGCUGCCGGGGAAAGACCGCCCACCAUGCCCACGGAGACGCUACAGACAGGUAGCAUGGUGAAGCCGGUCAGCCCCGCGGGCACCUUCACGUCGGCGGUGCCCCUGCGCAUCCUGAACAAAGGACCCGACUACUUCCGCAGGCAGGCCGAGCCCAACCCCAAAAGACUCAGUGCAGUGGAGCGGCUGGAAGCUGACAAGGCCAAGUACGUCAAGAGUCAGGAGGUGAUCAACGCCAAGCAGGAGCCGGUGAAGCCGGCUGUGCUGGCCAAGCCCCCGGUGUGCCCAGGAGCCAAGCGCACACUGGGCAGCCCCACUCUCAAGGUGUUUGGCAACCAUGCCAAGACGGAGAGCGGUGUGCAACGUGAGACCCUCAAACUCGAGAUCCUCAAGAACAUCAUCAACAGCUCCGAGGGCUCCAGCUCUGGCUCUGGCCACAAGCACAGCUCUCGAAACUGGCCGCCUCACAGGGACGCCACUGACCUGCACCGGCACUCCUUCGCUGAGUCGCUGAAGGUAUACCCUACACCUGGGCGAGGCAGUCCACAGGAGAGCAGCUCCCACGUGAGCAGGAGACUGCUGGAGCAGUCGGCAGACUCCUUCCUGCAUGUCUCACAUAGUUCCUCAGACAUCCGCAAAGUGACCAGCGUGAAGCCCCUUAAAGCCAUCCCCUGCAGCAGCUCUGCCCCUCCCUUGCCUCCCAAGCCCAAGGUGGCUGCCACGAAGUCCCCUGAGGCUGACCAGGUGGAACCAGCCUGUGGGGUCAGCCGGAGACCUUCCCUUCAGCGAUCCAAGUCAGACUUGAGUGACAGGUAUUUCCGAGUGGACGCAGACGUGGAGAGGUUCUUCAACUACUGCGGACUCGACCCGGAAGAGCUGGAAAACCUUGGCAUGGAGAACUUUGCAAGGGCUAACUCUGACAUCAUAUCCCUCAACUUCCGCAGCGCAAGCAUGAUCAGCUCAGACUGUGAACAGUCUCAGGACAGUAACAGUGACCUUAGAAAUGAUGACAGUGCCAAUGAUCGGGUGCCAUAUGGCAUUUCUGCCAUCGAAAGAAAUGCUAGAAUCAUCAAGUGGCUAUAUAGCAUCAAACAAGCUAGAGAGUCGCAGAAGGUGUCCCAUGUGUAAGAGGCUUUAGUGGCAGAAAGGAGGGAGGGGUGGGUCUGUCUGUGCAUACACAGUUGUGAAGGUUGUGAGGUCUCCUUGAAGUGUUGUGAGCUUCUCCACUCUUUGUGUUGCUUGUUGUGCAAUGUUCUCAAGUUGCAUGCCUGUCAACAUGGCGCCUGGCCUGGCUUCCUCCUCACGUCUCUGCAGAGUCUUGCUGAACACUCAUCUGCCAAAAGUUUUCCAGCCAGAAUCUGACUGCCUAGGGCUUUGCUCUUAAGCAAAACUGUUUACAGGAGGGAAAAAAAAAAGUUUUCAGUUUCUUCAAUAUUUAUGUGGUUCUUGUGUUUUUAUACCCCGCACUGUUGUGUCUUAAUUAAAAAUUUUAUCAACUGGC